UAGCAAAGUUUUUCCUGAAUUUGGAAAGUCACUCUAUACUCAAAUUAUUUGCAGUGAAAAGAUGAAAUAUCUUGCUGUUGUAGUUGCUGCUCUGCUCUUUGUGGCUGCUAAUCCAAUAAAGGCAGCACCAGCUUGUGGCACCACCCCAACACAGUGGACUGGCUACAUUUAUGAAAUCUCAUUUGAAGAUGCCAAGCUAGCACUGAGAAUGUCUGAGGCUAAUUAUGAUCGUAAUGCCAAGAAACUCAAGAUAUCUGACGUUGUUGCACAAGAAUCAGCUCAAAAGACUAUCACACUCCUUGAUUACUCAACUGGAUCAUCAUACACUUCAAUUGAAGGACAGUGUACUAAGGGAAAUGUUACUGGUGAUAUCCCAAACUUUGGAGUACCAGCUGGUUCUACUUCUAACCCCAGUGGAGCCGAGUACCUAGGAUCAUCUCUGCCUAACCUAGGUGUACUGGCGUAUGACUAUUAUGGUACUAACAGUGUUGAUGGCGAUUAUUUUGCAACAUAUACACCAAUUGGUGAUGGUAGUGUGUGUGUUCCUAUCCUUCGUGCCACAUUGACUGCAAGUCCCCUGAAGGAAGCUGUCUUUAAGUACACUAAUAUAACAACUACUCUUCCAUCAGAUCCCUUUAGCAUGCCUCCUGGAUGCUAAAAGAAGUGUGACGAUGCUAAAGAAGUGUGACGAGGCUAAUUAUAACUUUAGAGUGCUAAUUUAUAGGCCUGUUUUAAUUGCUAUUAUUUUUAUUUUUGUGCUUAUGCUAUAGUGAUCUUUACUGCUUUUGUGUGUUUUAUUAUUACAAGUGAAUGAAAUUUAGCUGUUAAACUGAACAAUAAA